AUGUCGAACUCAGCCUCGUCAACCCAGGGUUCUAUCCCAGAUCUCACAGCUCGAUACAGUGGCGUACCUCGAAGACUCACUCAAGAAGCCCUUGAUGCUAAAGCGAGGCUGUAUUCUCAGAAGUCGCUUCCGGACAGUGUGCCCCGAAAAAGAGUUGCGCUGCCGCCGGAUGUGAGCAGGGAAAGCUUCGACCAGGCUGUCGCCGAACUGAAAAGUUCCCUUGGAGACGAGAAUGUCCAGGUCAAUGACGGGCCACUCGUCGAUGGGUGGUAUAUGGAGCAUCCGAACACCCACGACGCAUAUCACAUUGCCGAUCAGGAAGAGCUGAUAUGCAGUGCCAUGGUGUAUCCUUGUAGCACAGACGAGGUCCAGACCGUGGUAAGAUGGGCAAACAAGCACAAGAUUCCCAUCUACCCGAUCUCCAUGGGCCGGAAUAUCGGAUAUGGGGGAGCAGCUCCCCGUAUUCCGGGAUCUGUUGUUGUUGAUCUGGGUCGGAGAAUGAACAAGAUCCUCGAUGUGGACGCGGAUAAUGCGUCUUGUGUGGUGGAGCCUGGGGUUUCUUACUUUGCACUGUACGAAGAGAUCCAGAGGAGAGGGCUGCCGCUGUGGAUCGACUGUCCGGAUCUUGGAGGUGGCAGUGUUCUUGGAAAUGCCAUCGAUCGAGGUGUUGGAUAUACUCCGUACGGUGACCACUUUGCCAAUCACUGUGGAAUGGAACUGGUGCUUCCGACAGGCGAGCUGCUCCGGACCGGCAUGGGCGCAAUGCCAGGCAAGGACGGUGCGGACAACCCGACAUGGCAGUCCUUCCAAGCAGCCUACGGCCCCUACGUCGACGGCAUCUUCAGCCAGAGCAAUUACGGCAUUGUCACCAAGAUGGGGUUUUGGCUGAUGCCCGAGGUCGGCCACCAGUCGUACAUGAUCACUUUUCCCCGCGAGGAGGACUUUGAGCAGAUCGUCGAGAUCAUUCGGCCGCUGGCGCAGAAGCGAAUCCUGGGCAACAUCCCGCAGCUGAGGCACGUCAUCCAAGAACUGGCCGUGAUGGGAAAGCCGCGGUCGUUUUGGUACAGCGGUAGAGGCCAAAUGCCGCGGGACGUGAUACGGGACAAGGCCUCGAAGCUGCCCUGCGGCGAUUGCUCGUGGGUCUUCUACGGCACGCAGUACGGCGACCCGACCUCGAUCGCGGCCCAGCUCAAGAUCAUCAAGGCCGAGUUCGGCAAGGUCCAGGGCAGCAGGUUCAUGUUACCUUCCGAGGUGCCAGCGGACCACUACCUCCACUCCCGUGUCCAGGUGUGCAGCGGCGUGCCGGUGCUCAAGGAACUCGACUGGCUCAAUUGGGUACCCAAUGCCGCGCACCUGUUCUUCUCCCCAAUCUCGCCGACCAAGGGCAAGGACGCGAGUCUCAUCCACCGCACCAUCACCCAGCUGCACACGAAAUGGGGCUUCGACGUGUUUCCCACCAUGUGCGUCGCGGGCCGCGAGAUGCACUACAUCGCCAAUAUUGUCUACGACCGCGCCGAUGCGGAUGCAAAGAGGAGGGCCACGGGUCUCAUGCGCGACAUGAUCCGCGCCGCUGCCCGCGAAGGGUACGGCGAGUACCGCACUCAUUUGCUCUUCGCGGACCAGGUCGCCGAGACGUACAGCUGGGGCGGCGGCGCGUUGAGGAAGUUCAAUGAGACCAUCAAGGAUGCGCUCGACCCGAACGGGAUCCUGGCACCCGGCCGCAAUGGCAUCUGGGGCAAGAGGUUCAGGGGCAAAGGGUGGGAGAUUCUGGAUGGGGAUCAGAGAAAUUUGUUGAGUGAUGGAGUCAAGCCGAAGUUGUAG